AUGACCAAGGCCGAGGCGCUGGUUCUAGUACAGAAGAAGCUGGAUGUGUCCGAAGAGAGCGAGGACCUAAGGCAGUUGGUUGAGGUGCUCGAAUUUAUGCCGCUUGAGAUCUAUCUCGAAAAAAUUCGGAAGAGUGACCGUGAAGCGAUCCGGCUUCUCGCUCUUGAGGCAGAGGAUAAGGCCGUCUGCAACGGACUUGCUCUCGCUUAUAAGCUUUUUCGACCGCCAGGGAUCCUAGAGAGCAUUCUUCGAGUUCCGCAACAUCAACAAAGAAAUGGGAACUUCUGUCCGAAGAAGGUUGAGGGUAGCGAAUAG